GAGAAGAAGACGCACUGCGAUGGUGCACGAACCGCGCCAGGCGCUGAGGCUUCACGGCCCCGACGAGGUUAACUUCCUCGUCCACCUCUUCUGGCCUGAGCUCCACCAGCGUCGCCGCCGCCAUUGAAAGGUCAUAUGAAGCUGAGAAGUAACUUGCUGCAUUGGUGGCAUCCAGUGCUUCAUCUCCUCUGUCUUUAAGUUGACCGUUUGAUGUGCUUCUUGACUUUUAGCACUUGUCGACGGAGUUUGUCUCCCAUUUCUUGAAAUGAGAUGGUAUAAAAUUCUACUACUAACUUGGAGAGCUUGAUUGUUAGAAGAUGGAUUAUGCUCAUACCCUCUUAGCCAAUGCACUAGAUGAAUAUGCCAGCCUCACGUCUAAAGCAGUCAAAGUGAGGAGGAGUCAGAUGGAUCCUAGGUUGGAAGUUACAGUGGAAAGGAUGCUAGACAAGUUCUUCGCCUGGUUGUUAAAACAUAUCAAAGACUGCCUUCUUCUGAUUAUCUAAGCAUUUGCCAAUAUCUCAUGUUUUUUGACUAAACCCUAAACUGUUGCAACCAUUUUUGAGAAGCUACUAUCAGGGGGGAAGGGUGAUGCACUUCUUGCAUAUCAGAUUGCCUUUGUUCUUAUGGAAAACAAAGAUCAAGCCUUUCUAUUAAAUCUGAUAGGCUUGAAAUCCCAAGCUAUAGAUCAUAUGAACCAUGAUCAGGGAUCUACUGCACCAACUUCAAUGAAAGGGAAUGCACUGCAGACAGUGAAGUUGCUGCGUUUAAGGAUGUUCACAUGACAGAAGAAUCUCAUACUGCCAACGGGACUGCACAAGAUAUCAAUCAAAUUGACGCCACAUAUAAUGAGAGUUUUGCAAAUAUAAAAGGAAUUUUGUCAGGAGAGACAACAAUUCAUUUGACUUCACAAUUUUUAUAUAGUCACAAUAGGUUAGUCCUUUUGAUUCUUAAGAUGAUAAAGCAAUUGAUGGAAAUGUGAGAUACUGUCUGCCAUAGUGCAACAAUAUGCGCCAAUGCAAUAACAUGCUGGAAUAUCUGUUGAUACCUCUUUUUGGAUAAAAUCUGAUAUGAAUACAAUUUAAGGAAUGGCUUAGUAGGGUGACAAACUGGGCUAAGUUCAGUGCUACCACCGGACUAGGAGUCAUCGACAGAGGCCAUCUGCAGCCAGGCAGGCCUUUGAGGGCACCUACCCAUGUGCCCACCUUAAAGUGGUUCUGUUGGCGAUAGCAAUCCUUACUUGGAAGCUGAUGGCCUUUAUGCUCUAGCCAACCAUGGAGAAGGCAUCAACCAAAUGAUUCGUGAAAGCUGUUGGAGACGUUGCUGCUUCUUUUCCCACCAGCAUGUAUAACUCUCAAGCACAACCAGACUAUUAUGGAGGAUAUGAGAACUACACUCAACAAAUUGACACUGAAGUUGCCAAUGUAGUUGGAGACGUGGGUGCUUCUUUUCCCACUAGCAUGUAUAACCCACAGGCACAAACAUACUAUUAUGGAGGCCCUGAAGGUGCUGAUGCAGUUGGAAAUGUGGGUGCUUCAUUUCCCGCCAACAUGUAUAACCCUCAGGCACAACCGUACCAUUAUGGAGGCACAUACUAUAACCCUCAGGCACAACCACACUAUCAUGGAGGCACAUACAAUAACCUUCAUGCGCAACCAUACUAUGACGCUCAGGCACAACCGUACUAUUAUGGAGGCACUGAAGGUGCUGAUGCAGUUGGAAACGUGGGUGCUUCUUUUCCUGCCAACAUGGAUAACUCUCAGGCACAAUCGUUCUAUUAUGGAGGAUAUGGGAAUCCAUCAGGUACGUUUGUAACAUACACUCAACAUGUUGGCAUUGAAGGUACCAAUGCAGUCGGAAAUGUGAGUGGAACUGACACUCAACACGUUGGCAUUGAAGGUGCCAUUGCAGUUGGAAACGUGGGUGCUUCGUAUCCGAUCAGCAUGUAUAACCCUCAGGCACAAAUGUCUGGAUCCGCUGCUGCCUACAGUGAGGAACACCCACUGGUAUUCAAUGCUGGAAAUGGGUAUGGUCAAUAUAUGCCUAAUGGACCCUAUUAUCCCAGUGCAAUGCCCGCUUAUGUUGGUGGAAAUGUUCAGGGAGUGUCCUAUCCCAGCACAGAGAACAACAACACAAUUCGAGAAAGGGGAAAUGCUUCAUUCGGUCGUUCUAAUGGCACUCAUGGGUUUCUUAGGAGGCAAAGCCGACGGCCAUGGACCAACAGAUCAAAUAAUCGAGCGAUCCAACAGCAUUCAGUAGCUGAGAGUGGUGGUGCCAACUGCUCCCUAGGGGUUGAUCGUAAAUUAUACAAUAGCCCGGAGUUUGUUACGGAGUACGAUGAUGGCAAAAUUUUCAUAAUAAAAUCUUACAGUGAGGCCAAUGUUCAUAAGAGCAUCAAAUAUGGUGUUUGGUCCAGCACAUCUGCUGGGAACAAAAAGUUAAAUUCUGCUUAUAUAGAAGCACAAAAGAAAGGACAUUCCUCCCCCAUUUUCUUAUUUUUCUCGGUGAAUGCAAGUGGACGUUUUUGUGGUGUAGCUGAGAUGAUUGGGCCUGUUGAUUUUGAAAAGAGUGUGGAUUAUUGGAACAAGGACAAAUGGACUGGUCAAUUCCCGGUCAAGUGGCAUAUUGUGAAAGAUGUUCCCAGUUUUAGGUUUCGUCAUAUUAUUCUCGAGAACAAUGAUAAUAAGCCUGUAACCAACAGCAGGGACACCCAGGAGGUGAAGUUGGAGCAGGGUUUGGAGAUGCUAAGCAUUUUCAAGACGCACGAGUACAAGGAAUCAAUCCUUGAUGCUUUUGAGUUCUACGACAAGCGGGAGGCUGCCUUAAGGCGAAGGAAGGCUCGCCAGCAGGAGACGCGGACCACCACCCGAAACAGGAUCUCGAAGCGCUUUGUUCAGGUUGUCAAGUUCAAAGGAGAAACAAGUAAUGUAGGCAUAUCAACAGAUAAAACUAGCAGCAGCAACGGCGUUGGUUCAUCACCAACUCCUAAAGAUGUCUGAAAGCCAGCCAUGGUAUCUGCGAUAAAAAGUAGCUAGCAAUGUCUUCCAGUAGUGUAGCAUCUUCCUCCAUAUUACUCACUAGAUCUGGAAUCUGUGACGAGGAUGAAGAUGAACAAGAGUCUUUUUGUUCCAAUUUUCCUGCCUCACCUCUUCAUGUGGUAUAUUGAUCAAACACGUUAUCAAUUAAGUGCUCUGUUAUCUUUGUUCACCAACAUCCAUCUUUUAUUUGUUUUGUUUUCCCUUUGCUCGAUGAAAUUGCAUCACAUCAUCUUUCAGAUCCAUCAACCUGGAUGCCUGUCUUUGAUGAUUUACUUCAGAUGCUUGCGGAGGGCGUACUUUUGAGUGUGCUGCUGAGUUAUUAUUGAGUAGUAAAAAGUGUGACAG